AUAUCUUCUCUUUUUUCCAUUAUUUUGUGCAAAAUUGUUCUCCUCUCUUGGCCACCAGAGUCUCUCCGUCUCUUUCCACGGCGAGUUUGCGAUCGUCCGCGGCUUGCUUUUCUCUCUAAACCCUCGGAAAAUUUCUCCUGCAAUUCUGGGUUCUUUGUCCGUCGAUCCCAAUAUUGCAGUACUUUCCAUUGAAGGCUUGAUCUAGAGGUCUUGACUGAAGUUCUUGGUAUUCAUAUAGGCGUUUUGAAAAUGGAAGUGGAGAAGUCUAAAUCAAGGCAUGAAAGCAGGGAAGAGAGGGCUGACUACGAGGGUUCGCCUGUUAGAGAACACAGAGAUGGAAGGAGGAAGGAGAAGGAUCAUAGGAGCAAGGAUAAAGAUAAGAACAGGGAUAAGGACCACCGCAGGGAUAAGGAGAAAGAGAGAGACCGAAAAAGAGAUAGAGAAGGAGACACUGACAAGGAGAUCUCUAGAGGUAGAGAUAAAGAGAGGGAGAAAGAUAAGACCAGAGAUCGGGUAAAAGAAAAGGAGAAGGAAAAAGAAAGAGAUAGACAUAAAGAUAGAGAAACUGAUAGGGAUAAUGAAAAGGAAAAAGACAAGGAUAGGUCAAGAGUGAAGGAGAGAGCCAGUAAGAAAAGUCAUGAAGAUGAUCACCAGACUCAUAAAGCUGCAGAAAGAUAUGAACAUUUUGACAACAGAGGUCUGAAUGAAGGUGACGAUAAUGUUGAUGCUGCAUCAAGUGGGAAAGAAGCAUCUGCGUUGGAACUUCAGAAUCGCAUUUUGAAGAUGAGAGAGGAACGAAAGAAGAAAGUUGAAGAUGCUUCUGAUGCUUCUGAUGCUCUAUCAUGGGUUGCAAGGAGCCGUAAGAUUGAGGAAAAAAGAAAUGCUGAGAAGCAAAGAGCUCAGCAGCUCUCGAGAAUUUUUGAGGAGCAGGACAAUCUUAAUCAAGGUGAAAAUGAAGAUGGCGAGGAUGGCGGGCAUCUAUCUGGUGUUAAAGUUCUACAUGGUUUGGAUAAAGUGGUGGAAGGUGGAGCAGUUAUCUUGACACUAAAAGACCAAAGUGUCCUUGCCGAUGGUGACGUUAACAAUGAGAUUGACAUGCUAGAAAAUGUGGAAAUCGGAGAACAGAAGCGCCGGAAUGAAGCUUAUGAAGCAGCCAAGAAGAAAAAGGGAAUAUACGAUGAUAAGUUUAAUGAUGAUCCCGGGGCAGAAAAGAAGAUGCUUCCGCAGUACGAUGAGGCCGCUACUGAUGAGGGGAUCUUUUUGGAUGCAAAGGGUCGCUUCACCGGUGAAGCUGAGAAGAAGCUAGAGGAGCUGCGUAAGAGAAUUCAGGGUCAGACGACAAAUACUUAUGAAGACCUUAACUCCUCAGCAAAGGUCUCUUCAGAUUACUUCUCACAUGAAGAAAUGCUACGGUUCAAAAAACCCAAGAAAAAGAAACAAUUGCGGAAAAAGGAUAAAUUGGACUUAAGUGUGCUGGAAGCAGAAGCUGUUGCAUCGGGAUUUGGAGCUGAAGAUCUUGGUUCUCGUAAAGAUGGCAGAAGGCAGGCCAUGAAAGAAGAGAAAGAAAGGAACGAUUAUGAAAAACGGAGCAAUGCCUAUCAGGAAGCCAUUGCUAAAGCUGAUGAGGCAUCCAGACUACUCAGAAGGGAACAAGUUCAGCCUAUUAAAACAGACGAAGAUGAGAGUAUGGUGUUGGCCGAUGAUGCUGAAGAUCUUUACAAAUCGUUAGAGAAAGCUAGGAGGUUAGCUCUCAUUAAGAAAGAGGAAGCUGGAUCUGGUCCACAGGCAGUUGCGCAUCUUGUGGCUUCCAGCACCAAUCAAACAACAGAUGAUAAUAGCACCACCGGGGAUGAGACACAAGAAAAUACAGUGGUUUUUACAGAGAUGGGAGACUUUGUCUGGGGUCUCCAGCGCGAGAAAGAUGUGCAAAAGCCUGAAAGCGAAGAUGUUUUCAUGGAAGAAGAUGUAGCACCCAAAGCUCCUGUUGAAGUAAAAGAAGAGCACCCCGAUGGUUGGACAGAAGUAAAAGACACUGAUAUGGAUGCAACAGAGGAUUCAUCAGACACCAAAGAGAUAACUCCUGAUGAAACUAUACACGAGGUUGCUGUUGGAAAAGGAUUAUCUGGUGCAUUGAAGCUUCUUAAAGACCGAGGAACCCUAAAGGAGAAGGUCGAAUGGGGUGGUAGAAAUAUGGACAAAAAAAAGAGCAAGCUUGUGGGUAUUGUGGAUGAUGAAGGAGGUAAAGAAUCUAAGGAUAGAUUCAAGGACAUCCGGAUUGAAAGGACUGACGAGUUUGGUAGAACUUUAACUCCAAAAGAAGCCUUUCGAUUACUCUCUCACAAAUUCCACGGGAAGGGGCCUGGAAAAAUGAAGGAAGAGAAACGGAUGAAACAGUACCAGGAAGAGCUCAAGUUAAAGCAAAUGAAAAACUCAGACACACCAUCGCAAUCUGUUCAAAGAAUGAGAGAAGCUCAAGCUCAGUUGAAAACUCCUUACCUUGUCCUCAGUGGCCAUGUCAAACCAGGACAAACUAGUGAUCCUCAGAGUGGGUUUGCGACUGUUGAGAAGGAUGUUCCUGGAAGCUUAACACCAAUGCUUGGGGACAAAAAGGUGGAGCAUUUCUUGGGAAUAAAGCGGAAAUCGGAGCCUGGAAACUCGGAUACACCACCAAAGAGACCAAAGCCCUGAAGGACACUUUUCGAUGGAUAAUCAAAAGCUCUUACUUGCGUCUUUCCUUGACAUUGAUUGGUCUCUGGGAAACUUUUUCUCAGGAUUCUGAUUACGGUCUCAGUUCUUUUUUUACAGUCUUUAGAAAAAGACAGCUCGAUCAAUAUAUAGAUUCAUGCUGAGACUGAUGAUAUUUUACUGAAGUUGACAAAACCGGCAUGGGUUUGGUUUCAGUUCUGUAAUCAAAAUUCCCUUUAGUAGGAAAUAAUUCAAAAAUCUGUGAGUUUUUUUUGUUA